CUUCCAUCUUCGGACUAUCCGGCUUCUGCUGGCUAUGUCUCUCCGGGAGUAAUACUGAUGGUGAAUGAUAUGAAAGAAGUUGAACUGAAGGGGCGAGACAAAUUUGUCGCAACAGAUGUGACAGUUUCUGUCACUUGUAAACCGAAACACAUAUACCCCAGUUCUGCUACGAACUGGGCCAAUGAUUUAGUUGCCUGCAGGUACCGUUUUUGCAAUGAGCAUGAAGUGCCAAGCACAUCAGAGUCCAAGAACAACAUCAGUAAUUAGAUACCCUAUCUGGUAGCCAUAAGAGAUUCAUUGUUCCAAUUUGAACUAAUGACAAUCAAAGAAGAUUAUGAAAAAGUGGUAGAAGGAGGAGACCAUCUGUCAAGAGAAUUACUUAGAGUAGAAGUCCUUCUCAAGAGAGUAAAUGUGUGCCUAAUGGAGACAGCUGAGGACCUAAAGCAAGAGUCAGUGAUAGGAAAAAUGUUUGCAGAUCUUUCUCUUUUGGCAGAUCAGCUAAAAGAUAUAGGUACAGGCCUUUAAAAGCUUUUGUAUUUUUGAUAUUCUGUCAAGGCUGUCAAUAAUAUAGGGCUGGAUGGCUGGGAUUCCCCCCGGCUACUUAGAUCAUGAGCCCAGCUACUUUCAUAUGAGAAACCAAAAGGAGAAUAGAACCGAAAAACCUUCCUAGUAGUUCAAUUCCCACCUACCAGUUGCAUAAACCCAGCAAGUUAAACUGUUCCUAGUGACAGCCAUGUUCUGUGCUUUAUUUUACCUGUUUUAGCGAUUCAGUAGUACUCAGUAGUACUCUUCCAGUAAUUCUCUUAAACCCCAGAAAAAAAUAUCAACUGAAAUUCAGAAAAGCAAUUGCAUAUUCACUGCUAGCAUACUCAACUUUCCACAGUGAAAGAGUGCUUUGAUUUUUCCCCUUGGAAUGCCAUUGAAUGAAUUAAAAAUGAGACUCAAAGGAUUUCAUUACCAUAAUAUUAAAGCUUGCUUAAAUUUAGCCUAAUGUUGUUGACAAUAUUAUUUUUUUCUUGAUUUAAGAUAACAAACUUAAAUCCCAGACAUGGAAAGAUUUACAUUCCAGUUACCUAAAGGCAAAAUCAAUGUGCCAAGAAAUUCGCAGGGAAAUUGUAUGCAUUGGCAUCCCUCAACACAGGUAAAAUAGAAAUGAUGAACAUGAUGUGAUAGAAUUAAGCAAUAGAAAAUCAAGUGUAAGCUUCUUAAAUGCCUCUACGUGUAAGUGCUUUAGUGGGUGUAAACAAACCCAGCUUGUAAGAGAAAGAAAGGGUGAUUGGAUUGGAGAUUUUGCAGGGUUAAAUCAAGAUUUUGCUGUUUACAGUCAACACAUGGGAAUGACUUCUCAGCCAGAUUAAACCGUAUGUUUAAUAUAUAUAUCUAUAUAUGUUAUUAUUUUCUGACCUUCUGGUGUUUAAUUUCCCAUUACAUUUUAGGCCUCUCGACAUUCAAUCAUCUGAUGCCGGCCCUGGAGUUUCGACUCAUGAGCAAAUGAGCCAGCUACGUAUGGCAGAAUAUUUUAUGAUAAACAAUCUAGAUCUUCAAUGUAGAUUGCAUUAUGCACCUUAUGACUCAUCAACUCAUAUUGUCGAGAGGGUAAUGAGAUCACUGAAUGAGUGUCUUGGUGAUGGAAGAGCAAUCCCAGUUCCUUCCACAUCACUUGUUGACAGUGAAGGAAAAUUUAAGAUGACCGCCUUGACCAAUGAAGAGAUUCAGAGAAUACACAAAGAGGAUCAGGUCAGAAUUUCAAAGGACUGUGCAGAACAGGUCAAGAAGAGAUUUAAUGGGAAAUCAUGCAUGGGAACAUCUAUCCAUGCCAACACCCCUUGGUAUCAAGAGUAUCAGUGUUUCUUCUUUGAUGAAUGGUACAUGACAAAAUGUGCAAGUGCUAGCUCCAAGUCAGUUCUUGAGCAAUGUGCAGGAAAGGAAUACUACAAGUUUGUUAAGAAUUUCUUUGAAGAUCAUUACAUGUUGUAUGACAAUGGUUUUGAAGGGAUCAGAAGUGGCUGCCAGGAGAAACAGGGUGUCUUGUGUGACUUUCACAAGUACACUGAAAAGAAGGAUGUCUUGGCUUGUGUGUGGAGUGGAAUCCCUGUAACUAGAGUCCAACCACCAGUCCCAGACUGCUCAUUUACUGAUGUGUUCCACUAUGCCCUUCCAAAUGACAUUUCCUGUGGAAAUAUUACAGAAAAAUUUGGUCUUAAGAAGGAGCAUGUCAUGGAUAUCUCACAGAGGGCUGUUGAUGAUUUUUCACCAAGGAAGCAACUUGAGAGGCUGAUUAAUAGUUGUGGUGACCCUGAUUUUAUAGUUCAUGAUGAUGUCAGCAAUGAUUGUUCUACUGAUUCAGUUCAUGCUAUCAUUGAUAAAAAUGAAACACUGAGUAAGAUGCUAGCAGAAGUUGACAAUUUUGUACCUAAGUAUGCAGGAGAAGACCUAAGAGAGACUGUUGUUGCUGAAAUAAAGAGGCGC